UGAAUUUCACACUAGUCGCCAUUGCAAUCCUGCGAUGUUUUGCCAACUUCAGAUUAUUGUUCGAUCAUCGUUCAUCAAUCAAGCGGUUUUUAUUAAUACGUUAAUUUACAUUAUUUCUAAUGUUGUGCCAACUAGUAUCGAAAUUGAGUGAAAUAAAACUACUUAAAGUAAAUUUAAUGCGCUAAACAACUACAUUCAAUCGGUUAUGUUUGCAAACGUGCAUAUGCUUUGUUGUGAGAACCACCUUUAUCUGCUGUCAUUUUGAGCUAUAGCAAGUAAUUUUUUGAUAAUGAAACAUAAGUUUCUUAUUGUAUAGUAUGUUAGGGAGUGCUGGUUAGUGCAAAUAACGAGACAAUAAACUUGUUGAUGUGUCGUAAUGAGAGUGGUGUUCACAUUCGUUGUGCCUAUCAGGAGAAUGUACGGUGGUAUUUAGUGGACGAUAGAAUCAGACCCAGGGUUCAGUAUGGAGACGGUAAAAGAUGAGGAACGCUUGCGGCGUCUUCGUGCGCUGGAGGAGAAACUUUGCGACCCUCGCUCCACCGGCAACGUGGACUGCCUGCUCGACACUGUCACUGCACUCGUCUCUGACUGCGAUCACCCGGCCAUUCGUCGAAUGAAAAAUGUCGAAGCCUAUACAAGCCGAUAUGAAGAGUUUGCAUCAGAUAUCAUUGAUUUGCGUAUGAAAGCAGCAGAUUUUAACCUGAUUAAAGUAAUAGGUCGAGGAGCAUUUGGUGAAGUUCAACUAGUCAGACAUAAAUCUACACAUCAGGUAUUUGCCAUGAAACUCCUUAGUAAAGUAGAAAUGAUUAAAAGAUCAGAUUCAACAUUUUUUUGGGAAGAAAGACAUAUAAUGGCUCAUGCUAAUUCUGAAUGGAUCCUAAAACUGCACUUUGCUUUUCAAGAUCAUAAAUAUCUUUAUAUGGUGAUGGAUUAUAUGCCUGGUGGUGAUCUAGUGAGUCUCAUGUCUAAUUAUGAUAUACCUGAAAAAUGGGCGAAAUUUUAUACUAUGGAAAUUGUACUUGCACUCAAUGUUAUCCAUGGUAUGGGCUUUGUUCAUAGAGAUGUUAAACCUGACAACAUGCUCAUUGAUAAAUAUGGACAUUUGAAGUUAGCAGAUUUUGGUACUUGCAUGAGAAUGGGGCCUGAUGGCCUGGUUCGAGCUAGUAAUGCUGUAGGUACACCAGAUUACAUUUCACCGGAAGUAUUACAAUCUCAAAAUGGAGAAGGUGUUUAUGGCCGUGAAUGUGAUUGGUGGGCUGUUGGAAUAUUUUUAUAUGAAAUGUUAAUCGGUGAUCCACCUUUUUAUGCUGACAGCUUAGUUGGAACAUAUGGCAAAAUAAUGGAUCACAGAAAUUCUUUACAAUUUCCCGAUGAUGUAGAAAUAUCAAAAGAAGCUAAAUCAUUGAUUAGAGGACUGUUAACAGAUAGAGUAAAAAGACUUGGAAAGAAUAGUGUAGAUGAAAUAAAACAACAUCCUUUCUUUAUUAAUGACCAGUGGAGCUUUGAUAACUUGAGGGACUCUAUUCCUCCAGUUGUACCGGAACUGUCCAGUGAUGAUGAUACGAGAAAUUUUGACGAUAUUGAAAAGUCUGAUGCUUUAGAUGAAUCAUUUCCGGUCCCUAAAGCAUUUGUCGGUAAUCAUUUACCAUUUGUAGGAUUCACAUAUAAUGGUGAUUAUCAACUUUGUGGAGGUAGACUAAAACCGGCUGAUGUAGUGGAUACAAUAUCUAAUAAUCACAUAAACAAUGUUGGGUCGGAAGCAAUACUGCAGUUAGAAAAAUUAUUAGAAAGAGAAAGAGAUGGACGUCGUAAACUUGAAGACAGACAAGUAGUGCUUUGUACUCAAUUGGACGAAAUUUCACAGAGAGAAAUUAGAAAUCAAAAAAUUAUAGCCGAUACUGAUAAAGAGUUGGCACUCCUUAAACAUGAUCUUAAAGAAAUUCAACGUAAGGCUGAAAUAGAGGCAGAUUCAAGACGCAAAGCCGAACUGAAUUAUAGUGAUGUUAAACGUCGCUUAGAAGAAGAGCAGAGUAAGAGAGUUAAAGAAAUGAGUAAUUUACAGAUAUAUAACGAAAAAAUCAAUGCGUUAGAGAAACAAUUGACAGAAAUGCGCGAAAAGUUAAAACAGGAAUCCGAAGCUGCAGCUAAAUCACGUAAGCAAGCAGCGGAAUUGAGUGCAGCCCAAGCUGCAGCUGCUGCGGUAAACGACGGUACUAUGGCAAGUUUACGAGCACAGAGGGACACUCUCGAAAGAGAGUGUAGUACUUUGUCAGAGGAGCUCGGUUCUGUAAAGGCAGCUAAACAAAGGGCGGAGGCUUCGGUAGCUGAAGCAACUAGUCGGUUGAAUGCUGCUCAUGCUGAGCUGGAACGGUCAUCAACAAGAUUAGGACAAAUAAUGACUGACAAUCGGCAACUUUCGGAACGUGUUUCUUCUUUGGAAAAGGAAUGUGCCUCAAUGGCUCAUGACCUGAGAACUUCUCAACACAUGUACCAGCAAGAACUACGAGCACAUCAAGAGACGCAGCGCUCUCAAUUACUUUCGAAACAAGAAGCCAAUUUGGAGCUGGUCAAGGGUGAGCAUUUUCCGUUACAAGGCAAAUUGAAUGAAGAAAAAACAGCAAGGCAACGUGCCGAUUCAGUUUCCCAAGAAAAAGAUCGUCAAAUGUCUAUGUUAAGUGUUGAUUAUCGACAAAUGCAACAACGAUUACAAAAAUUGGAGGGUGAACAUCGACAGGAGACCGAAAAGGUGGUGGGUCUGCAAGCGGCGCUGGAGCAGGAGCGCGCGGCGCGGCUGGCGGCGAGCGCGGAGACGGCGGCGGCGGAGGCGGCGAGCCGCGCCGCGCACGCCGAGCGCGAGGCGCGCGCGCGCGAGCUGCAGGCCGUGCGCGCCGCGCUGCACGACGCGUCCGACAAGCUGGCCGCCGCCGCCGCCGAGCGCGACAUGCACUACGUCAGGAGCGAGGAGCUAAGAUCUCAGUUGGAGAACGAGCAGCACUAUUGCGUGGUGUACCGCACGCAGGCGAGCGAGCUGCGCGCGCAGCUGGAGGACAGCACGCGCGCAGCUCGCGACCUCGAGCAGGAGCGCGCCAGCCUCAUGCACCAGCUGCAGCUCGCCAUCGCGCGCGCAGACUCGGAAGCCAUCGCUAGGUCGAUAGCGGAGGAGACGGUGGGCGAGCUGGAGAAGGAGAAGACGAUGAAAGAGUUGGAAAUGCGCGACGCGCUCACGCAGCACCGCGGGGACCUGGCGGCGCGCGACGCGCUGCUGCAGGGCCUGCGCGACCGCGACCACGAGAACAGGGCCACCAUCGACCUGCAGCGGAAGGAGGUGGACGAGUUGCGCCGCAGCGGCACGGCGCUGGCGGAGCGGCUGGCGACCAUGCAGCGGCUGCAGGAGGACGUCGACCGCCUCAACAAGAAGCUCAACUCGGAGAUCAUGCUCAAACAGCAGGCCGUCAAUAAAUUGGCUGAGAUUAUGAAUAGAAAAGAUAUGAAUCCCGCUUCAACGAAAAACAAGAGCAAGAUGUCGGUGCGCAAGGACAAGGACUACCGCAAGCUGCAGCAAGAACUGACGCGGGAGAAGGAGAAAUCGGAUCAGCACAUCGCAAAACUGCAGCGAGACCUGCAGGAUGCGCAGCAGCAGCUGCUUGAGGAACAGCAGACAAGACUCCGGCUCGCCAUGGAGGUGGAUAGCAAAGAUGCAGAAAUCGAACAGCUUAAAGAAAAAUUAGCCGCGUUAACAAGCGAGACCGCCUCGCAGUCGUCCGCCGAUGCGGAGGACGGCGAGACGGAACAGACGCUCGAGGGUUGGCUCUCAGUGCCCUUCAAGCAGAACAUACGAAGGCAUGGCUGGAAAAAACAGUAUGUCGUCGUCUCCUCGAAGAAAAUUAUAUUCUACAACACCGAGAACGACAAGCAGAACACUACAGAUCCAGUCAUGAUAUUAGAUUUGAGCAAAGUGUUCCACGUGCGGUCGGUGACGCAGGGCGAUGUGAUCCGCGCCGACGCGAAGGACAUCCCGCGCAUCUUCCAGUUGCUGUACGCGGGCGAGGGCGAGGCGCGCCGGCCGGGCGACGCGCAGGACCAGCCCGCUGACGGAGCCGACCACGCCGGUAACACAGUCCAACAUAAGGGACACGACCUGGUCAGCAUCACGUAUCACAUCCCCACGGCGUGCGAGGUCUGCACGCGUCCGCUGUGGCACAUGUUCCGUCCGCCGCAAGCUUACGAGUGUCGGCGUUGCCGCAUGAAGAUCCACGCCGAGCACGUGUCGGAGGGCGAGGGCGUGGCGGCGUGCAAGCUGCACGCGGACCGCGCGCGCGAGCUGCUGCUGCUGGCGCCCGCCGCGCCCGAGCAGCGCCGCUGGGUGGCGCGGCUGGCGCGCCGCGUGCAGCGCUACGGGUACCGCGCCGCGCACACCAACCACGACCACACCAAGCUGUCGCCCAGAGAUUCCAUGCGCUCGAACUUGAAGGCGGCCUACAUGAACGCGUCGCAGCGCAGCUCCACGCUGCCCGCCAACGCGUCGCUCCCGCGGCAGUGACGUCACACUCGCCGCUGCGAUACGAUUGUAUAUCGCUCACGAAAGCGGACCUUUGGCAUGUAUUUUAUGACAGGAAAUCGAAUUGUGUAUUCAAUUCACGUCCCGACGAGUUCAACCCGGUAAUCUGACCUCCAAAUGGUAAUCAUAUCCAUCGUAUUGUCACAAUAUCUGACUUACCCCGUGAGAAAGUAAAAUUUUUGAAUAUGUUUUAGUUGGUUAAAAAAAUUAAACAAAAAUUAUUAUAUCAAAUUAAAUCUUAAAUACUUAAUUUAUUGUGUUAGUUUAAAUUUUGGUCAAAAUAAAAAUAAUAUAUUGGCACAAUUGUGAUGAUAUUAAAAUUUAAUGUUGGUACUUAUUUAAAAGAAAGUGUAUCCAUCUACCAAAUAUUACACUAUCAAAUAUCCAUAACAAAAGUGUACUUCAAUUGUUUGAAUGUUACAUACAGCAAUAUAUAAUCGAGUACGAUGAUACAUUAACAUUACGUUAGUUCUGUUAUAAUUGCCGUCGUCACAAAUGAUAAAGUUUAAUCUUCACAAUUAUGUCACCGUUGCCGUUUCGUGAAUAUAAAUAAUAUUUGAAUUUGAAAGGAAUAUUUUGCCUACAUCUGUAAUCGAUAAUUUUAUUUAACUAAUGCAUUAAAAGCGGUUUAGUGAGAAAAGAGAGAUCGCACAUGUUUUCUUGUUACGUGACUCUUAUUAUAUUUUGAAACUGACAAUAAAUAUGUGCUAUUAAAACGAUUUGAUUCCAUCACUAUCGAUAUAGCAAAGUUUUAUUAAUAUCAUUUUUGAUCAGUUUCAUUAUGUACAUAUUAGUUACAUUGUGUUGAUAUUAUAUAUUAAUUUGUAAUAUAAUUUAAUUACGCGUUAAUAGGCGACGGAGUUCUGUCGUGACUUUGGUGCGAUAGAUUUGCUUUUAGGUAGAACGCGAAAGAUUAACGAAUCGUUUUACGCUUCUAGGCGCGCUCUGUGUGGGUAUUGAUCGACUAAUCGGCAAUCAUGUUGGAUACUUAACGAGUCGGUCAUUUCAAAAGAGAUUAUCGUUGGCGCGGGACUUCACAAUAGAUUUACACAGUUCAUUUAUAGUCAAUCAAGUGUAAUACAAUUUCGUAUACAACUGAAAUGUAUGCUUUUUUAAUACAUGCAGUUGAUAUCAGAUAGAAGACGUUAUUCCAGUAAUAUCGAGUCAAUUACAAUGAGACUAGAAUGAGACAAUUAAAUUUUAGCGAAGUGUUUCUUAGUAAGGGCUUGUUUUAUGAAGGUUUAAAUAUUUCACAGCGUUGUUAUAUGAGGUCCUAACAGUAUUUUUAAAUAAUGACCAACAUAUUUGCUCUUGCAUAGUUUUUCACUAAUACCGCGUUAUAUUUUUAACGGAAUAAAUGAACGCCUAUUGCGUAAUGAUCGCUCGUUUUAUCUACACAACUAUCACAAAUUGUGUGUUUGUUUCUUUUAUCUUCUUCCACUAUGUUUGUUGAAUGUUAUUUGAAGUUCGAAAAAACAAUACGAAUUAUUAAGACUUGCACGUAUCAAGUAUAUUUAAAACGCGCCAAAAGUACGAUUACAAUCUUUACACAAGUUAACACCCUCAAUAUAAUUUUUUUUAAAUGUUAUAAAAUAAGAUCAAGCAAUAGUAAAACGGAAUUGAUUAGAUUAAAAAUUAAUUCUAACACAAACAGUGGUUUACCAGACACGAAAACGUAAGAGUUCUUUAGUCCAUCUACUUACGAAAAAUUAUACAAUUUAGGGAACCAAUUUUAAGUAAGUUUGCAUUAACAAUCUUUAUAAACGAGGUAUAGUGCCAUAAAGUUUACUAGUUCUUGGUAUUUGCUCAACCUCACGAAUCCACAAAUCGAGUAUGCGAUUUACCUAACAUAAGAUACAAUACAGAUGUGCUUCCUUAUGUCUCCUCCAGUUAAGUAUAGCUUAUAGGUAAAGAAAGUUGUAGAUCAUAAAACAAAAUAUUGCGAAAGUAAAUUGUCUCAUAUUCUUUGCUAAUGCAAUUCUUCUCAGUUAAAUAUGAACCCAAUAAAAACAUGUGUUCAGCUUAGAAAUACUUUGUAAUCAGCUGAUUGAUUGAGUUAAUUUCAAGUUAAUUUUCUUGGUGCCAAAUUUCGCUCUACGAUAAAAACAUGUACAAAUGAUAGCUAAAUAAACUUUAUGUAUAAUUAUAAAAGUCACCUGAAACGGUUGUGUAAAAUGACACCAAUGUGAGCUUAUUACGUUUAGGAAUUACAUAAUUAAAAAAUUUCAAUAAAAUAUAUGAAGACACCAUAAGAUUGUCGUGAAAUGCAUUCAAUGAAGUGAUCGAUAAAGUACAAAGUUAGAUAUGAAAGUACAUUUGUUACACGGGACACCGCUUGAUAUCCUUUUACGCGAUAAAGAAUACUUGUCCAUAUUUUUAAUGUUGCCAGUAACAUUAGUAUAAUGUAACACGAAUAUCGGUAUCGGUGGUUUCUAUUUGGCCUAAUUGAGAAAGACGCCGGAACGAUAGGAGAAGGCUCAAACUCGGACAGCUGUGAUAAUAGACGUGUGUAGGUAACACCCGUGGUGCUAAAGCGAAACAGGCCUCCGAAGCAUUGUUGUUACUAAUGGUUCUUGUUAAACAUUAUUAUGCGCUGUUUAUUAUUGCUCUACGAACUGUUAACAUUCCUGCAACAAAGCUAUGUUGAUUUUUGUUUAUCUUAGUUUUACGUCGUCUCGAGUUAAACCAUUUCGCUUGACCAGUUAUCGCUUUUAUAUAUUCUAGUUUUAAGUUUGAAAAAAAUCUCUACUCGAUACAUACUGACAUACGAAUUUUAAAUAUACGUACUUAAAUGUUUUAUAAAUUGCAAUUAAUCGUAGUUAUACGCUUAUAUUUUGAGAUGCAUUUUUCUAUUUUAUUUUGUAAGGCAGCUAUUGCAUUCAUUCGUGUGAAGUCAUUCCAUCGUCAGCCCCAAAAAAUAAUUUGUUACGCACGUUCGGAUAUUUCUGUUUAUUGCCAAAGAAAUUUUGGAAUUUUAAUUUUUACAAAUAAUUGCAAUUUAUUAUUUUUUUAACGUUAUUCCGUUAACAAACAAAUUAUGCUUGUCAUUAAUAUUAAUUCAGUACCUAAAUUAUAAUAUGUUUAUAAUGCAUAAUUACUGCGCUGGUUUCUAUUGUUGUUAAACAUAUUCGGGAGUAUUUUUAUUUAGUAGAAAUGGUUUCGGUGGUGGUACAAAAAUACUCUCGAAAUGUUGCCCCCGGAGCAUCUUGUCAAUAGCGAGCAGUGUACAAUCGUCAUUAUGAUAAAUUAUUUAUUGUAUUACGUCAUAACGUUUUUAUUUAUCAAUUUAAAAUUGUAAGUUCCUAACUAGCUAGCUUCUCAGAUAUCUAAUGCUGAUGAUAAUACAUUAAACAUUUACUGUUUGUCGUUAAGUGGGUAUAUUUUUAUAAUGCUUAUUAAUUAUUAUAAUCGGAGAAUCUUUCGUUAAAUGUGCUUUAGAAUUUGAUAUAGUCUAAUACAAACUGCAGUGCACAGACAACACGUCAUCGGUACGCCGUUGGCGUAUUGUCGGUGCAUUUCCGUUUCGAUGUCGGUACGAUGUCGGUACAAUGCCGUCGCGUGUGCGACGACCGACGCAAGUCUGUUGCAAUACUAAUAUAUACCACGUGCCUUAGCUACACGGCCCACUCCCAUAUCAUCUAGACAUACUAUGUAAUAUGUAUUGAUAGUUAUGAUAAUGUACAUAUGUUUUCAAAUAAACCAAUAUUUUAUGGAUUUUUUAAGGAAUUUGUAUAUUGUAAAGAAAAUUAUUAAUUUUAUCAUAAAAUUAAUGCCUAGCUCGUAAGUGCUACAUUUGUGAAAAAAUAAAUAACAUUUUAAAA